AUGAUAACUAAAUUGAGUGAAUUAUUUUUUCGAUAUGGUGAUUGUAAACAACUAGUUUCGAACAGUGGAAUUCAAUUCAUUAGUGCUGAAUUUCAAAGCUUCAUCAAAUCACGUGGAAUCCAACACUUACGAACUACUCAUCCACAAACGAACGGCCAGGUAGAACGUUUCGUGGAUACUCUAAAGCGAUCGUUAAAAAAAAUAAAGCAGGAAGGAACAAGUCAGCAGAAACUUGAAACAUUCCUACAGACUUAUCGUUCUACACCUAAUCAGAAUUUGACUAAUUUUAAAUCGCCAGCAGAAGCAUUCCUUAGUCGUAAAAUAAGAACUUCGUUGGAUUUACUUAAGCGAAAAGAAAAUCCUCCUACAACACGUAACGAAAAACAGAAUAUCCAGUACAAUAAACAUCAUGGUGCCAAGGACAUUUCACUGCAGGUGAUAGUGUCUAUGCCAAAAUUGAUCGCAAUAACAAAGAAUACUGUUUGCUAG